CACAACAAUUAAUGAACACUAUUAAUCUGUCUGUGGUAUAUAGUCCCACAUGUGACACUACUCUACAGGCGCAAAUUCCGGUCCAUAAAUUGAUUUGCUUCGCUAGUUUACAGCCUCAUAACUAUUUCUGCUCAGGAAUUGUCACCAUCUUCUCGCAUAUUUGCAUAAACGUUCGUUAUGGCGUGCUGUUGUUUUUCUGGAGAUGUCCUCGUCACCACGAAAUCUGGGGGAGUUAAGCGGAUGGACAAGUUGAUUCGGGGUGAAGAGAUUUUGACCCUUUCGAAAGCGGGUGGGGUCCCGCAGUACACCAAGUUUUACACGUGGAUCCAUCGAGAAGUGGAUAGAACCACGGAAUUCAUCAUGAUUAAGACGGAAGCGGGAAAAAUUCUGAAAAUUACGGGGGAUCAUUUGCUCUUUGGAGAGGGACGGGUCGCCAAAAGGGCGGGAAUGGUUAAGACCGGCGACAAGAUUUGCACCAUUUCACCUGACGCUACGUUAAUUGAGGAGGACGUGGUUGACGUGUCGACCGAAACGCUGACCGGCGUCUACGCCCCAUUCACGAUGAGCGGGGAUUUCAUCGCGAACGGAUUCUUGGUCGCGUGCUAUUCCGACAUUGACAACUUCGACGUGGCUCAUGCAUCCAUGCUCCCCUUAAGGAUGUUCCACAAACUGGACAAAUCCUGGAAGAAGGAGAACAAAAAGCAAGAAGGGCUUCACAUCUACGCCAGAAAUUUGAUCAAAGUUUGGGACCAUUUGCCACUCCGAGUUCAAACAGCGAUUCAAAAUUGAAAAUUGAAAAUUUAAAUCACAAAAAAAUUAAACAAAUGUGUACAAAUACAACUUAAAAUACUAUUUAGUAUAAUUGUUUUUUAUUGUAAUCAAAUAAAAUGUUCAAUUUGAAA